GGCGCAUACAACCCGCCAUUCCGUCGCGCUCUCUCUCUAUCCCACACCACCACAUAUUGACAGGAUAAUUUUUCAGUAUGUUUAUGCUGAGGAAUUUGUUUGGCAAAGUGUGGAGCGACCCACAAGCGUCGGAGCUGGCAAAAAUUCCGAAUGGGGCGUUGUACCUGGUACGCCAGGACCAUAUUCGGAGUUCGCGCGAGUGCAUAUAUCUUGCCGCGAUGGCGUCAAUCAGGCGGACGUCGACUGAAUUCCACUACGAACUCGCUAUCUCGAGAGUCUUUGACAGGGGUGAAGUCUUGGAUGAAGACGAAGAUGAUGACUCCGAGCGGUCUUUCCUUAUCGAUGAACAACUUGAAUUUCGUCAAGCCACAUACGAGGGGCAGCCCUCUUUUGUGUGGAAAGAUGUGGCAGGGGACAUGUUUGAAUUUGUGGCGAACGGCGCAACCAAAGCUACUGUAGACUUCUUUGAAGUCAACUACCUGAAAGCAGCCUUUGAGCGCAAGUAUCAGCGGAGCUCGGAGAACGUGAGCGAUGUCGAGCUCGAAGCUCUUCGGUAUGUUCCAGGUCGCAUUAACGGACCGAUUCCCCAGAGCCGGGCUAUCAGAGAGAAGUCUGCCAAUGAAGAGAUAGUGACUUCGUUCCAACGAUUUAAAUCACAGUCGGUUUCUUCACCUCCGAAGCUCAACCCAUCCAAGAAAGUCACUGUUGCAGACAAUGGGGAAAUUCUGUCGGAAGAGCCUGCUGUGCUCUACCUGUGGAGUCUUCAGGAGGGCAAGUUUAUACCUCAGGCAACGUCGACCGCUCAACUGGCUGAGACUGAAAAUUUCGUUUUCUGGAUCCUUGCCAAGGAGUCUGACAGGAAGAGUGGGACCAGCAUCAUUCUGGCACACCCGGUAACAGCAGACAUAAACGGAAGAUGGUCGAAGGUUCAUCUCUCAUUCACCUGGAAUGUCUAUACCUUCCCGACGCCUGAACGUAUGGUGACGGAAACAUGGUGCUUCAAAUUCGAUGAGGCGGGUUCGUAUCAACGCUUCCAAGAUCGUAUGAAUAUUUGCCUGUGGGAGACCUUGAAUCAGAUGAGGUGGGGAAAGAUUAAGGCGGAUGAACAGGCAUAUGCGGAGUCCAGCUGGCAGGAUGAAGACGUCGAGAUGACCGAUGCUGAAGUGGAGGAAGAGCUAGAGCAGGAGCGCGCUCGGGAAGAGGACGAAGAAGAUGAAGAAGACGUGCAUGAAAUAAUGACUGCUUAUGACGAGGAUGAGGAUGAGGACGAAGAGCGCCAAGCACUGAAAUCCGCCAAGGGUGUCACAAACUCGCAUCUUGCUGUCGGUCACGUCGUCGACCGCUCCUUUGUGGUCCGAGGUAACAAGAUCGGGGUCUUCAGGCAUACGGAUGACGACAAAAUCAAGUAUGCUUCAACGAUUAACAAGAUCGCAACGCCCAAAGGAGAAGUUUUCACUCCAAAGAAAGUCAUGCUGCACGAUCGUGAUCACACCAUGCUACUCAUGAACGACAACAAUCCGAAUUCGUUAUUCCAAAUGGACCUGGAACGGGGCAAAGUUGUCGAAGAGUGGAAGGUGGAUGACGAUCGGAAAUUGGUCGAGAUUGCACCGGAUUCUAAAUUUGCUGGGCUUACCGGUCAACAAACCUUGGUUGGGACUUCUCAUAAUGCAUUGUUCCGCAUCGAUCCACGGCAGUCCGGUAACAAGAUCGUUGACAGCGAGACAAAGCAAUAUGUCACGAAGAACGAGUUCUCCACAGUCACCACCACGCAGGGAGGAAAGGUUGCGGUUGGCUCUAACAAGGGUGAACUGCGACUGUUCGACACCAUUGGAAAGAACGCGAAGACUGCCCUUCCAGCCAUCGGCGAUCCCAUCAUUGGCCUUGAUACGACCAAAGAUGGACGAUGGAUUGUGGCUACCACGAGGACCUAUCUUAUGGUCGUCGAUACUCUCAUUGGCGCUGGGCGCUUUUCUGGCCAGCUCGGUUUUGACCGCAGUUUCCCCGCGGAUGCGAAGCCGAUCCCGCGUCGGCUUCAGCUGCGACCUGAGCACGUUGCGUACAUGGGCUCGGAAGUAUCGUUCACGCCCGCACGGUUCAACACCGGCCCGGAUCAGGAGGAGAAAACGAUUGUGACGAGCAGCGGGCCGUUCGUCAUUGCAUGGGACUUUAAGAAAGUCCAGCAAGGCAGACUGGAUAAGUAUGAUAUCAAGCAGUACGCGGACAAGGUCAUCGAGGACCAGUUCAAGUUCGGCAACGACAAGAACAUUGUCGUCGCUUUGUCGAACGACGUGCUGAGCAUCGACAAAAAGUUGCUUCAGCGGCCGACGAGGGCGUCACUCUCUACACCCGCGAAGCUGCUACGGAGCAAGAGCGGUAUUGUCAACAGUCCAUACUAGGUGUGCCUGUCCGCCUUGCACCCUCCACUUGGGGGCGUGAUUGUCCUUUUUUUCUAUGUGUUUUCUGUUGUGAUUAUGAUGAUGGGAAUGCACGGCUCUUUAUUUACGCACAUCGGUGGGUCAAGUUUUCCGCUUU